UAAAAGUUUGGCUCAUCUUUGCAGGCGUUGAAGAUUGGGGUAUCGGUUUACUUAUACAAAAAAAGCAAAUCAGCAAGAUGAUUUCAUCUUAUGUAGGCGAAAAUAAGGAACUGGUACGACAAUACUUGGCCGGUGAACUGGCCAUUGAGUUGACACCACAAGGAACUAUUGCCGAGAAGAUUAGAGCUGGCGGCGCUGGCAUUCCGGCAUUUUUUACGCCCACCGGAUACGGUACCCUUGUACAAAAAGGAGGCGCCCCAAUUAAAUAUACAAAUGACGGAAAAAUCGCAGUUGCUAGUAAACCCAAGCAGGUGCAAACGUUUAAUGGAAAGGACUACGUUAUGGAGGAAUCUAUUUUUGCCGAUUAUGCAGUCGUAAAGGCUUAUAAGGCUGAUCCUUAUGGAAAUUUGGUAUUUAACAAGUCAGCAAGGAAUUUCAACGCACCAAUGUGUCGCGCUGCUAAAACAACUAUUGUUGAGGUAGAAGAUAUUGUACCUGUUGGUGCGUUAAAUCCGGAUGAAAUUCAUAUUCCAGGAAUUUAUGUGGAUCGGAUCAUUAAAGGCGUUAACUACCGCAAAAGAGUGGAACGCUUGCGGCUGCGUGAAAGCAGUGACAGCGCCUCGAAGUCUAGUCCAGGUCAGGAGUUACGGGAGCGCAUUGCGAAACGCGUAGCUUUGGAAUUCCGUGAUGGCAUGUACGCCAAUCUGGGUAUAGGAAUGCCAGUUUUAUCUGCUAACUAUAUACCUAAAGGCAUCAAUGUUAUGUUGCAAUCGGAAAAUGGCAUAUUGGGCUUGGGACCAUUCCCAACAAAGGAGGAAGUUGAUCCCGAUCUAAUUAAUGCCGGUAAAGAGAGUGUAACUGUUGUGCCUGGAGCGGCAUACUUUGGCUCUGACGAUAGUUUUGCUAUGAUUCGUGGUGGACAUGUAGAUUUAACGAUACUUGGAGCUAUGGAGGUAUCCGCUACUGGUGAUUUGGCUAAUUGGAUGAUACCGGGUAAACUUGUGAAAGGCAUGGGAGGCGCCAUGGAUUUAGUGGCAGCACCUGGCACAAAAGUCAUUAUAACAAUGGAACAUAAUGCGCGAGACGGUUCACCAAAAAUAUUAGACAAGUGCACUUUGCCUCUAACUGGGCAAGGCAUUGUUGAUAUGAUUAUUUCGGAAAAGGCUGUCUUUACCGUGGAAAAAGGCGUUGGCUUAACAUUAACAGAAAUCGCUGAUGGUUAUUCAGUGGAAGACCUACGUUCCUGCACUGGUGCUCAAUUUGAAGUUUCUUCGAACCUUAAAAAGAUGGCUCAAAUCGAGUAAAAUUUGAAUUUUUUAUGUGAAUCAAAUAUCGUCACCUGAAAUGCAAAAUGGCGUAACUAGCAAAAAAUCCAAAAUAUUCUUAUUGAUUGAUUAUUAUGCAUUUCAUCGAAUUACAAGUACACACAUCGUUUUAUGCAAACAAAUUAUUUGUUAGGGCUAUUUGUAUUUCAGGCGACGAUAAGCAGGCACAUAAGUAAGUAAUUUAAUUGUUUUUGAGUGUAAAUAUGUACUUAUGUAAUGUAAUUAUGUACUUUGUAAGAAUUGAAUUAAGCAAAGUAACUAAACUUGAAAGUGAUAUCAUUGCAUUUAUUUUAGUUGGUAAAAAAUAUUUCUUAUAUGCUCGUUUUUACUUAAAUGAUAUG